AUGGAAGGACCGCCGCGCGAAGAGAUCACCGACGAUGCUCAUUUACAGGCCUUGGCUGACAUCGGCGCUGUGCUGGACGAGCUGGGUUUGGAAUGGUGGCCGUGUCGUGGAACCCUCAUUGCGCUGAUGAGGCAUGGUCUGCGGAGCGGGCCGCUAUCUGAUGGCAAGCAGGAUGUGGUGGACCAUGAUGUGGACGUGAUGGUUGGCAUCGUUUCAGAAGAAGCAUGGAGUCACAUCCGCUGGCUGGUGAAUGACAAGCUACUAGAGAUGGGGUGGCACAGCUGCUUUGGGCGGUACUCUGUAGAUGCGAAGUAUGGGUCGACAGUGCUGACCCGUGCCAGGGAAGAUUUGUUGUUGUGUACCCGAGCAGAUCCUGACGUCACAUUGGACAUCAGCACGUACAUCAUUGGCAAGGGCCGAACGGUCUAUGCCCAGCGAUUCUGCACCCCGACCUAUGCGCCACGCCGCGGCUGCUACGUGCCGCGGGGUGCUGGCACCUUGCAGCAUGGUUUGGGGCGUCUGCGGAAGUCGGCGAUCCACCCGAUGCGCCAGUGCCGCGCCGGGCACUUCUCGGUGCCCUGUCCGGCCAAGCCACUGGAGACCUUGAAGGCCACCAUGCCGGUGAACUUCACGGAGCACUGCUUGGCCCUCCCCGACCUCCUGCAGCGUCGCCAGCGGGGCUACGCCAGCGACGCGCGCUUCUUCGCGAGCGCGGCGCCGGACGCGCGGCCGGCGCUCCGCACCGAGGACGUGGCGCUGCUGCGGCAGCGAGCGCACCAGCUGGAUGCGGAGGGCUAUGUGUCCAUGACGCCGUACUUCAUGAGCUGCAAGAGUGAACGGGAUCAAGACGAUCCAAAUGAUGGAGCUGCAGCGGCAAGAAGAGUGGGUAGUGGGUGGGGGUUCGGAGGCAUUGUGCGAUUUCAGUCAUGCACUGGAAGCAGGGCGCUGGUCUGGUGCAGAAGUGCUGCAGGUGGAGGAUCGCAAACAAAUCUCUGUGGCAGGGGAGCUCAUCAAUCCGAUUGUGCGUAA